AUGGCCAAACGCCAGCUCCGCGAGCUGCAGCGCCUGAUGGCGUGGUCAUGGGACAGUCGGGUGGACGAGCAUCCGCCUGGCGAGAAGGCCAUGCACGACUUUGAGAAUGUGCUGACUUUCCAGCUGGACAACCGGCGCCGCCGCACCACGCCCGCCUCCAAGGACGUCGCUAUGGCGGCGGCAGCAGCUACAGACAGCCCCGCGCCGCCCGCCGCUGCUGCCGGCGCCACCAGCAGCGCUAAGCAGCCGCGCAAGGCAUCUGCCGAGCGCAGCGUCAAGCGCGCCUCGCCAGCGCCGGGCUCUGGUGACACCGAGGCAGCGCACAAGGACAGCGCGGCGCCUGUUGCAAUAGCAGCAGCAGAUGGCCUGGCAGCCGCAGGUGUGGAAGCAGCCUCCGCAGCGGCAGCCGUGCAUUUCAGGCAGCCUGCCCCCCGCGCAGUGCUGACCAGCAAGAAGCGCAAGGCUCAGGAUGCCCUGGGGCAGGGCCUGGUGCACGGCGGCAGCGCAGCAGCAGUGCCCGAGCUUGGUGUUGCGGAUGCGGCGGCGGCAGCAGCGGGGGCUGACGACCUGCUGGCCAUAGCUAGCAGCCCCCCAGCCCCGGCCUCGCUGGCCAGGAAGCGCACCACCUCUCCGGCAGCGGCAGCAGCUGUGCCGCCUUCGGUGCAGCAGCGGCCGCAGGGCGACACCGCGGCUGUGCCCAUGGACACAGAUGAUGCACUGGCAGCUGCCACCCCGCCGGCUCAGCCCGCUCUGGCUGGCGCAGCCGCGCCCGCCCCGCCAGUGCAGCCGCUGCAGCAGACCACACCUGACUGCUCCAAUGCAGCGCAGCCGCUGGCCCCGGUGCUCGCCAGCCCUGUCGCCACAGCGGCGGCGGCGGCGGUGCCUGUGGCGGCGGCCGAGGUGCCCACGCCUGUUCUGCAGGCGUUUGCUGCGGCAGACCAGCUUGUCUAUCACAACCCCCGCCCCUCCUCCUGCCCCCCGCUGUUCAAGCAGACGCCAGGGCAGUCGGGGUUCGUGCCCGCCCGCGUGUCCAGCAGGUCUGCCGGCAAGUCCCCACUGGGCAAGAAGCGCGAGUCGCCUGGCGGCUUGGAGGGCAAGGAGAACAGCAGCGUCAACGGGAGCGCCCAGGGCCUGGCGCCGCGCACCGCCGAGCCCGCCAUGCCACCGCCUGUAGGCCUGUCUGGCUGGAAGCAGCAGCAGCUGCAGCAGCUUAGCGCUAGCUUCCACAGCCGCCAGCGCCGCCUGCUGGCGCUGCUGUCAGCCUGCAACCGGCUGCAGCAACAGCUGCCGCCAGCUCAGCCGGUGCCGGUAGCCCCUGCUGCCAAGCCGGGCCGCGGCGCUGUCAGUGCAGUCGCCAAGCCGCCGCUGGGCCCGCGGGCUGCCGCCCUGGCCAUGAGCCGCACGCUGGGGCGCCUCAAGGAGCAGCAGGCGCUGACUCCCAGGGCCAGGAAUUCCAUGCAUGUGCUGUUGAAUGGCGCCGCCGAUCGAUUUGAAGAAAGACAUUCCGCCCAUAAACCCUUCCGACCUUCGGCCUGCAUUUUCCGCCUGGGGCUGGGGAGGCUGUCCGCUGGGGCACAGCGCGAAACGUUGUUUGGCGUGCUCUUCUACAUUUUCUCCAACAGGUGGCUGCCUACCGACUGGCGCUAUGUGCUGCUGGCCACCCUGCUGCAAUGGGUCCAGAUCCUGAUUCUCUUCUUCGGGCCGACGUUUGGCUGGAACGUCGACUGGUCGGGGAACAGCUUUUGGCGCUUCUACGUGAAGCUGCAGCUGCAGAAUGCCAUCACCCAGCGCGGCUUUAAGGUGUAUCAGGGCGUGCUGUUUGGCGGCACCGCGCUGGUGCUGCUGCUCCUGGCCAUCGUGCUUUGGCUCCACUUUGCCCUCAAGACCAAGCAGAAGUUCCGCUGGCAGUGGCCCAGCCACCUGCUGCGCAUGUGCAUCAGCGUGGUGUUCACCAGCCUGCAAACCAGCUACCUCCUGCUCUUCACCGUGGCCUUCAACUGCAACUCCAAGGCCCUGGGCUACACCAAUUACUACUUCCCAGACAGAUCAUGCUUCAGCAUGCCCCAAGCCGCGCUGUUCGGUGUGUCUGUGUUCAUGGCGCUUCUGUUUGAGCUCCUCAGCGCCCUGUUUGCGCUCAUCGAGACGGGCGCCACCGAGCCGCUCUCCCCAAACCUCCUCUCCCUGUCUGCUGGCAACCACUUUAUCACCCGCCGCAUCAUCAAGUUCACCUUACCUCUGGUGCCAGUGGCGCUGAAAACCGUGCCCCGCUGGGAGGGCUGGAUCAACCUGCUGCUCAUGUCGUACUUUUUGUACCUCACAAUCCGGCGCGUGCCUUACCACCGCUCCUACCUCAACGUCGCCGAGGCCUUCCUGUACUCGUGGUGCUGGUAUGCCUCCGGACUGGUGCUGAUCGGCAUCUACUACCCGCAGUACUGGCCCUCCCUCACCCUCGCCUUCUAUGUGGGCAUCGGCCCGCUGGGCCUGGCCUGUGGCUACCUGUGCUGGUGGCGCCUGCAGCGCAUGUGGCGUGUGGCCAUGAUGUUUGAGCGCUGGACGCCACAGCUGACGCGGCGCGAGGUGCACCGCUUCCACGACCAGGAGGAGGUGGAGGUGGUGGCCAGGGUGUGCCACAAGCUGAUGAAGACCGAGAUGCUGGUGUGGGUGCCCAUCCCGCUGUGGGUGGCCUGCGCCAGCAACGUGCUGCGGGCUGGCCUGGUGCAGUUCCCCGACUCGGCAUUCCUGAACCUGGUGCUGGGCACGUUUGAGGCGGUGCUGCGUCAGGAGCAGUCGGGAGGGCUGGGCUACCUGCAGAAGGCGCGCAAGUGCAGCCGCAUCACCAUCGCCGAGCGGUUCCAGUGCUAUGUGCGGGAGCAGGAGAAGCUGGCCAAGAAGACAAAGGAGAGCGACAGCUCCGCCAUCCUGGAUGCCACCAGCUGGGCAGAGUACCAGGCGAGGGCCGCCAUCCGCUCCCACAAGGGCGCCCUGACGGCGCUCAAGUCCUUCUGGAAUCUGCUGCUGCACAGCGAGGUGUCCAUGCUGCACCUGCAGCGGAACUUCCAGGAGAUUGAGCGGACCCGCGCCGCAGCAGAGCGCACAUACAAGACCGUCAUGGAGCGCUACCCCUCCAACCCGCGCAUCAUGCGAGCCUACUCCCGCUUCCUGCAGCAGGUCACGAACGACCCACACGGCGCCGCCCGCUACGCCGCCUCUGCCGACCGCAUCGAGCAGCGCCAGAACGAGGCGCGCCAGGAGGCCAUGUUUGCCCAGACCCUGGACAGGCACUUCAAGGAUGCGGCGGCAAGGAAGAUGAUGGCCAUGAUUGAUGAGGUUGGCUACCGCAAGGGCGAGCUGGAGGGCUGCAACGUGUCGCGCAUCAUGCCUGCGCCCUUCUCGGUGCAGCACGACGGCUACCUGCGCAACUAUGCAACCUCCCGAGUGGCUCGCAUUCUGGACAGCACGCGCGAGGUGGUGGCGCUGCACAAGCAGCGGUUUGUGUUUGGGAUCAACCUCUGCGUGACGCCCGUCACACUGGGAGGCAGCGAGUGCUUCCUGGGCGUGAUCCAGUCCAUCAGCGAUGACCCGCACGUGGCAACCGCCUACUGCACGGCGGGGGGCACUGUGGUGUGUGUGAGCCGCGGCUUUGGCAACGUGCUGGGCCUUCCACACCCUGAGCAACAACACCGAGAAGGCGUCUCAGGUUGUCACACAGAUCGUGAAUGGCAGUUCGCAGGAGCAGCACGACUUUGGAACGUCCAGGUGGCGUGCAGCGGCAGCAGGGCAGGCACGGAUGCGGUACGCGUCGCCAAGAUCCACCUCAGCCACAACGACAGGUUCAGCGGCCUCCUCGUGGUCAACACCGCCUCCUCAAGGAUCAUUUACGCCAACGCCAGCAUCAGCGAGCUGCUGGGCUACAGUGGGGAGGAGCUGAUCAAGAUGAAGCUGCACGAGACCAUGCCGGAGCCGUACGCCCAGCUGCACCAGCGCUACAUCAAGGGCAGAGACCUGUCGCGCUGCCCUGGGCUCAAGUGCCGCUCCGGCCGGGUGGUGGAGUUCAAGGACAAGAGCGGCAAGCUGGUGCCUGCCCUCAUGGAGCUGUCAGAGCGCACCACGGAUGCAGGCAACAUCUUCUCGGUGAAGGUUGCGCCGGUAGCCAGCAAGGAGGAGGCUGAGUACAACCAAGUGACGCUGACGGUGGACCCACAGGGCGUGGUGGUGGCGCCGCCGCAGGGCAACACCGCCAUCCUGGGGCUGGAGCGAGAUGAGGUGGCGGGGAAGCCGCUGGACGGCUUCCUGGAUGUGUACAGGCGGGACAAGCGCAGCGUGACGGAGGUGCAUGCCGACAUGCUGGCCAAGACGCGCAGCAAGGAGGUCAGCUCCUGGCGCAUAGCUGCCGCGGUGCGCGGCAAGCGCUCAGUGCCCUGCGUGCUCGUCAUCGUGCUGCCUGAGGAGGGCGAGGAGGGCAGGGCCAGCGGCGGACAGCAGCCCGCCGCCAUGCACCUGUACAGAGCAGAUUAUUUGGAGGGCACUGUGGAGCUGGACUCGAGCUGCAAGAUCAAGAAGGUGUCGGAGGAGGCGGCUCUCAUUUUUGGGGUGCCAGCUGCGUCGCUGGUGGGCGAACACAUCCAGAAGAUCAUGCCGCGCGUGUGCCCCAACGGCAAAUCCUCUGAGCUGCUAGUGGGGCGCGGCCAGAAGGGCGGCAGCAAGCGCAGCAUCGGCGCCGUCACCACCGCCGAGGCGGUGCAUGUUGAUGGGCGCAGCCUGCAUGUGACGGUGCAGGCUGCUGAGUCGGCAGAGCGGCCCGGCAGGCAAGAACUGUGUGAUGGGCAUGGCUGGGGCUGCGAAGUCUUGCACAUGCGAGCCUCUUCUGCGGGUGCAACCACCGGUCUGGCCUCGGCAGGUCUACUGGAAGAGAGGAAGGUCCAGUCAGUCAUUUCUACUCCAUCCAACUGCAGGUUCCUUGCCCGAAUCAUCAUACCCCGGCCCACCAGUGCGGUCACCUCUGGCACGGCAGACCAGCUGCCUGGCGGCUUGGUCGCGGAACAACGCUGGACUGCGGCAGCAGCUGCCACCGCUGGCGGCAUCAUGCAGCCUGCCGUGUACCAGGCUGCCCUGGCACAGCAUGCGGGCGAGGCCGAGGGUGGUGCUGCCGCUGUCAACCCGCCGCCCGGCUGCCCGUUCCACCGCGCCAUGAGCGGCGGCAGCUCGGUGCUGCAGCGCCUGGGCGUGGGCGGCAGCAGGCCAGCAUCGCCUGGGGCAACUGCAGCUGGCAUGGUGCCCAAGUCGCCCCUUGUGGGCUCAGGCUGUCCCGUGAACCGCGACACAUCUGGCGUGCUGGCGGGCCUGCAUUUCCCGCGGACCAGCCAGUUUGCGGUCCCCUGCGUGGCAGCGCAGGCCGCUGGCGAGGUUGCUGCCGCCGUGCAGGCGGGCAGCCGGUUCACGCACUCGGCUGGCAACCAGAGUCAGGGGGCCACCCAGGGCGGGGCCAGCGUGUGCCCCCUGGGCUUCCAUCAGACCACUGAGGGUGAUGAUGUGGCCGGCAAGGGCUCGGCUGGGAGUUCAGAGCGCACCAUGAGCAUCAGCAGCCAGGGCGAUGAGCAGGCGGAGCAGGCAGGCAGCGAGGGAGCUGCGGCUGGUGGCGGCGAGGAGGAUGAGGUGGACCCCGCUGAGCUGGCGGCCAAGAUGGCACGCAUCCAGAGCUGGCUCAGUGGGCAGCGAGAGGGGGCGGAUGAGGAGGCGGGCGGCGGCACCAUCGCGGCUCACACCCGCGUCAAGUCUGGAGAGCUCGUGGCUGCGCCACACAGCCGCCCCGGCACCGGCAAGCAGCCGCUGGCGCAGCUGCCGGAUGUGAAGCUUGCGGUGGAGGGGGAUGGGCCGCCCAGGCAGCUGCACAGGGCCGGUUCCGCCAGCAGUCUGGGCGACUCUGAUGCCACAUCGAAUGUGGACAGCAGCAACGCCGAGGAGGAGGAUGCCGCGGCCGACUUUGGCCGCCUGAAGCGCUUCAAGAAAGCCUUCCAGCUGCUCAACACCUCACGCAACAGGCGCGCCAUCAACGCGCUGCAGGCGCAGCUCAAGUGGCUGCUGGCGCUGCUGGUGGUAGCGCACGCCGCCUGCUUUGCGGUCACCUACAUCAUGCUGGACAGCUCCUUGGUGUAUGUGCAGCAGAUCGACCUGGCGGGCCAGGCGGCCCGCAACUCCAUAUCGGCGCUGACAGAUGCGCGCAACAUUCAGUAUGCGGGCGUGGAGAUGGCGGAGUUUGGGGAGGUGCAGCUGUUCCCCCCACAGAACGUGUCGGGUGAGGGGAAGGAGGCUGGAGGCACCGUAGAGGUGGGCAUCGAGUCAUCCGCCAUCCUCCUGUCCAAGAUCGAGCUGUUUGAGGAGGUCCAGGAGCGGCUGUACUUCCAACGCUCCAGGGCGGCAGCAGACACGCGGGCCUUCUACCAGGAGACCAGGGUCAACGUGACCGAGUAUGCUGACACGCUGCACGGAGUGGAGAGCUUCACGGUGGAGAUGAACAUGUGGGACAGCAGCCAGCGUGCGCUCGACUCGUUCAGAUCAGUGGCAGGUGUGUGCGCUAUAGCUAGGAGCAUCCACCCCGCAGCGCUGCCUGAGAAGUAUGUGUACAACAUGACCAUCUACCCGGAGUGGCUCUUCCUCAUCAACAACACGCGCCUGGCAGUGUCGCGGCUUGGAUCCAUCGUCGCCGCCACCUGGGGCCUGCUGGGGGGCGAGGGCGUGUUCAUCCCGAUGGUCGCCGCCUACCUCUUCUGGUGGGGUGCAAGGAGCAGGCCCACAGCGACACGGCACGACUGCCGGGCCUGCGCCCAGUCCAACACAGUCCUUGCGUGUAUAUGCAGGCUGCUGCGAGCGGUGGCGCUGGAGCGCUUCAGCCUGUUUGCCCUCUUCCUCUACAUCCCUCGCCCGGCGGUGCUGGCGCAGGCCAGGUGGGGGCUGCCGCUGGAUCACAGAUGUGGCGGGGCAGAGGCCACCCUGGUGAAACUUGAAAUCUGCGAUGCUCAGCCGGUGGUGGGGCAGGCAGCCGGAGCGGCGGGCGCCGUCAGCAUGCAACUCAGCGCGCGCACGCUGGCGCUGCGUGCCGCCCAGGAUCGCAUCGCCAUGACGCGGCGGCGGCUGUGGGCCAUGAUGAGCCCCCUGGCGGUGUGGCUGGCCCUGGUGGCCCUCGUCUGGCUGCUGCAGUACUACUGGAUCAGCAGCGCCGAGGAGCGGGUGCUGGGCCUGAAUGCCAGCGAGCGCCUGUUUAUCUACAAUGCACGGUUUGUGGAAGCUUUGGGUGCACCGCUCCAUGCCCGCUUCUUUGCCAACGAGCUGACGGUGGAGGGCAACCACCUGGCGGCAGACAACGACAUCACCCUGGCCCUUCGCGCCGAGCUGGAGCGCGCAUCUGUGCGCCUCAAGUUCUACAGUGACACCAUCCUGUACGGCUCCUACAACCCGUACCGCCCGCUGGACAACGCCGCCAACAACCUGGCGCGCAUGACCUUCAAGGGCACCCUGUUCUCCAACCCCGGCCGCAACAAGCUGCUGUUUGAGCAGCACGUGUGCCACAGGGAGGACGCGUCCACCUGCCUGCCCCCAAGCGACUACGCCUACUACACCUCCCAGAUGGGCCUGGACACGUACCUGACGUCCAUGGUGGAGGCCAGCCACCUGCUGGCGCGGGAGGACAUCGCGGCCAUCUCCGUCAACCACCCCGUCGUGAGAUCUCUAGAGGCGACACGACCUGGACGCAGCAUGACUGUCUGGAAGGCUGCCGGUGCUCGCUGGCAUGACGCAGUGACCAGUGCUGGUGCGGUACGGUGCCCGGUGCAGGUGCGGUACAUGCGGGACGUGGCGGUCCAGGACGGGAUCGCCAUGCUGAUGAAGGGCAACCAGAUCUUCAUGUACAUCGCCAACUUUAAGUACACCAAAGUCCUGCAAGGCUGCGCGCUGGGCUUUGCGAUCGCGGGCGCCCUGGCCUUCCUCUACUUUGUCGCAAGGCCCUACUUCCGCGCCACGCAGCAGGAGGCGCGCAAGGUGGCCGAGGUGCUGAGCCACCUGCAGGGAGUGGACUUUGGGGCGCUGAUGGACGCGGCAGCAGGCGGCGGCGGCGGCGGCGGCAUCGCGGUGGGCCGCUCCAGGUCGCAGUCGAGCGACGGAACCCAGGAGAGCAGCUGA